AUGGCCCAGAAAUACGCCAAGGAUCAGCCUCAAGGCUUUUCCAAUCGCAUUGAGAGAGUAGCCAUUGUUGGUGCGGGCGGUCAUAUGGGAAGCCACAUAGCGGACCAAUUGCUCAAGACCGGAAAGCACGUCGUGACUGCUAUUACAAGACCCAAUAGCACAAAUCAAUUCGAUGAGAACGUCAAGGUGUCUCAAGUUGAUUACAGUGGUGACGAUGACACGGCACUAGUAGGGGCGCUUAGAGGACAGCAGGUGUUGAUCAUCACCAUGUCGGUGACAGCCCCAAGAGACACAACCAUCAAACUCGUCCGUGCAGCAGCAAAGGCCGGGGUGGCCUAUGUGCUGCCUAACUGGUUUGGCCAUGAUCCCGCCAAUGACAAGCUGUGCGACGAGAGUAUGCUCAAACAAUCCCGGGACAGUAUCACUGCAGAGAUAAGCGGCCUUGGAGGAAUUUCGUACCUUCUCCUCGCCUGCAACUUCUGGUACGAAUUCAGUCUAGGCGGCGGACCAAAUCGCUACGGCUUCGACUUCAAGGAGCGGACAUUGGUCUUGUUUGAUGAUGGCAACGUAGUAAUCAAUACCAGCACCUGGCCUCAGUGUGGUCGAGCUAUAGCUCAUCUCCUGAGUCUCAAGGAGCUACCUGACGACGAGGCAGACAAGUCUCCUACAGUAUCCCAAUUCCGAAAUAAUUCCAUCUACAUAUCCAGUUUCCAGUUAAGUCAACGAGACAUGUUUGAGAGUGUUAAACGCGUUACCGGCACCACCGAUGCCGAUUGGAUCAUCACACACGAGUCGGCUGAAGAGCGUUGGAAAGAAAACGAGGUCGCUGUAAAGCAAGGAAAUUGGUCUGCUUUUACAAAAAUGCUUUACAGCCGCAUGUUCAUCCCCGGGAGCGACAUUGGUUACAAGUCUGAGCUUCAUAACAGCGUGCUUGGGUUGCCUGUUGAGAAUUUGGACGAGUCGACAGCCACUGGUAUCCGCAUGGGUGAGAGCGGAGAAGUGGCAUAUUCACACUAG